UAACAUUGUAUAGUCAAAGUCAUGUGAUUAACAAAAUAACUUAUAAAAUAACCGUCUUCGGUACAAUUCCCACAAUUAAUAUAACCCUAGAUGGUAAAAGGUGAAACUUUAAGAAAGUAUACUUCGACUAAGCAAGGCUGUAUACUACCAUAGAGUGAACACAAUCACGGUAUUCUAGGUUUCAUCCCGUUUCCAGGACAGUUACUCUGCUUGCCGGACGUGCUGUUCUCCGUAUAUGAUGUUUAAUGUUUCCGGUAAUAAAUAGUUUCAAGGAUAGUUCAAGUCUUUAGUUAUUACCGAAGAUUCUCACUGCUACAGAUUGGUGGAGUGCUUUGUGAGGCAAGAUCUCGGAACCUUUUGCAAGCGAGUGUGAACUUGCAAUGUUUCUAGUUUUGAUUCUAGCCACUACAGUGGCUUGUGUCAGAGGUUAUGCUGGAUAUCAGGAGAAAAUACCUAAUGGGGGGAAUGUUCCCCACUCUUGUAAACCUAAUUACUUGUGGAAGGGUGUUGGUCAUUUAGACCAAGCUGGUGGAGGUGAGAGAAAUCAGUUUGGUAAAGAUUUUGCUCAAGCUGAACAUAAGUGGACUGUAGAAUUAUGUGAGAAAGAUUCAGAUGGAGAUGGUAUGAGUAAUGGUCAAGAAUUGGGAGAUCCUAAUUGUCAGUGGGAACAAGGGAAAGCACCAGAUCGUGAUACACUACUGAGUCAUCCGGGUAUUUGUGAUCCGUGGGGAAGUGCCAAAUGUAACGAGACAAAUUCCUGGGUUAAAUGUGAUAGUGAUGUUUUAACAUGUCCAGCUAUUGACGAGGAAGGUACACAGAGAAUGGACCUACGAAUAAACUUGACUUCCGUGCCUAAUAAAGAAACGACAUAUAUAUGCAUGACCUUUGAUUUACCAAGUGAUGAGGAGUAUCAUAUGAUCGCAACCAAACCCAUUAUUAAUGAAUCUAGAGUAAUGCAUCAUAUGCUGCUAUAUGCAUGUGCUGACACUGCUCCAGCAAUGACAGAACCUAAGGAAUGUGGUAUGGGCAGUGGCUGUGGGACUAUGAUUGGUGGGUGGACACUUGGGUCAGCAGGUGAUUGUUUACAUCAUGAAGCUGGUUUUAGAAUAGGAAAGGGUUUUGCUAAAAGGGCUCUUAUCCAGUAUCAUUGGAAUAAUCCAGAAAAACGAUCGGAUCUGAGUGAUUCUUCUGGAAUGGCCAUCUACUUUACCAAGACCCUACGAAAAUAUGAUGCUGGUGUAUUCAGAACUGGACAAAUAUAUUUAGAAAUCCCACCUUUGAUGCCUAAAGUUGUCCAGCAGUCAACGUGUAGUGCUAAAUGUACGAAGAGAAUCUUCAAAAAGCCUGCCUACCUGACAGGAGGUUCAAACCACAUGCACUAUUUGGGUGCAGCCCAACAUGUCUUACUGAGAAGAACUGAUGGUACUGAACAGAUGUUAACAAAUGAUCAACAAUUUAGAUAUGAUAAUCCUGUUGACUAUAAGUAUGAACCACCAAUUGUUGUAAACCCCGGUGAUAGCCUUGAAACAGUUUGUACUUACAAAUCAAUGAGUAGACACAACACUACAUUUUAUGGAGAAGGGACAUAUGAAGAAAUGUGCUUUGCCUUUUUCAACUAUUACCCAGCUGAUGCCAUCCAAGGCAUUUGUGAUACCAGAGGCAAUUUUGAAUACUGCGAUUAUCAGGAAAAGGGGUGCAAAAUGGGUCAACUAUUGAAUAUGACUCACCCAGAUACAAAAUCAUUAUUCGAUAAGGUGAUGUCGAAAUGUUCAGUUGCUGGUUAUUGUUAUCAUGGAUGCCGAGCUGUUGUUGAUGAGGUCAAGGAAACAAAUGGUUGCUUUAAGGACAGAGUGGCAGAUUUCACCUACAAAACUUUACUUAAAUAUUUGAGCCACAAGCUGGAAGUCUAUAAAUUUAUUUACGCAAUGCGGUCUUGUGAAUUCGCCACUGAAAACCCAAUUGUUUACCGAGAGUAUAAUAAGGGCAAUGACGUGAAUGAUGGAAAUGGAAGCAACAAUAACAACGUAGCCUUUUAUCUGGUUCUUAUGUGCUUGGUCUACAGAUUCAUUUGAGUUCAGGCUACCGCAUUCCAUUUCUAUCAAGAAACAGAUUAUAUAUUUUAAAUGUAUCCAUAUUUUCUUUUUUAAAAUUAAAAUAGGCACAGUCCAUUAUAUUUCUAGAAAAAAAAAUGAUUAUACCUUUUUAAAAAAAAAGAAGGUUUUGAUUUAUAAAAAGAAGAUGAAAAUGAUAUAUAUUAAAUACGACCUUAAUUUUUAAAGAAAAGGGUAUAUUUGUUUUUUUAAAAAAAGAGUAGGCCUGUAUUUGCAAGAGAAGAGAAUAUUUUUAAGAAAAGAGAAUAUGUUUAAGCAAGAGAAUAUUUUUAAGCAAAGAGUAUAUUUUCAAGCAAAGAGUAUAUUUUCAAGAAAAGAGUAUAUUUUCAAGAAAAGAGAAUAUUUUCAAGAAAAGAGAAUAUUUUCAAGAAAAGGGAACAUUUUUAUAUCAAUGAAUGCAUAUGCAUCUAUCGUUAUCUUACGAACUGAAAACAGUGUAACCCAUGUUAAUUUUUAAGAUUUUAUAUAAAAACAAAACCCUAAAAGCCCAAAACACUAUCUUUUUAUAUCAAGGAAUGUAAUCCUUUAGUGGCAUUUAGCAAUUGGAAACAUAACAAAACUAUACAGUUAUAUGGGACAACAAUCACUGGUUUAUUAUAUGGUUUCGCAUUGUACAUAUAUAUAGACCCUCAAGUUUACUAAAUGUUAUUGUGCUUGAUAACGAUAAGAGAAUACUUCUCGAAACGUCGUGUCUGUGUAUAAUAAACCAGUGAUUGUUGUCCCAUAUAACUGUAUAGUUUUUUUUUUAUCAAGGAAUGUAUAUGUAUCUAAUGAACUGGAAACGAUGUUACUCAUGUUAACACUCAAAUAAAUCCAUUUUUAAAUUUA